AUCGUGACGGUCGAGGCGGAUGAGAUCAGGGCCUGGUGUGCAGUGCGCGAAAGUACGGUGCGAAGUAGACUCAUGGGAUCCCAGUGAGGAAUCCGUGCGCGUCCAACUGAAGCCCCGUCCGUGAAAUCGAAACUCGACGAACCUUGACGAGGCGAGCGACCAAGAAAACUUCGUGAUCUCCGUUCUACCGUGUGUUAUCUGGACACAGGAGAAACACCGAAAUUCAAACAGCGAGGAAACCUGAAAAAACAUUCAAGACAGAACUCAUUCAGGAGAGGUCGAAGCGUGGCUCGAUGUGACUGGUUUUUAGUUCAAAUUUGCGACGAGGCGACUCCCUGACGGAGUUAAGGACGACGUGAAUGAGAGGAGGACAUGAACUACUCGCAAGGGAAGGGACGGCUUUACCCGGCCUACAGCCUGAGCGGCAGCGAGGGCGAGGAUAAUUCAUUGGGUGUACAACGCGGUGGUGGUGGCCGUGGCGUUGGUUAUCCCCAAAAUAAUCACCAAACCGCUCAGUCCCAACACAAUCACUACAAUUCGAGUCAGCACAGCAAGCAACGAGCCUACCAGCAACAACAGCAGCAACAGCAACAACUACAACUACAGCAACAACAUCCGCUCUAUCACGUUCCUGGGAGCGGCGCGGGGCUGAGUGAUACGCCUACUUCCGGCAACGCUUCGGACGAAACUCUUACUGACAGCGAGUUGACCAACCUUGCCAGGGACUCGACUCUUCUAGUUCAUAACGGGUGUUUAUUGGACAACACGGCACCACGGGGACCGCCCGAUGUGCCACCCCGAAAUCCUACAAUGAGCCGUAUCAACGGAAGACUGCCAGGAAGUCACGGAGCCAGUGAUCCCGAUCGCGAUCCCGAUCUCGAACCAUCCUGUCUGGUGCGCACACCAUCUGGCAAUUUCUACAAUAUUGGAAAAAUACCGAAGAAUGAUUACAACAACAAGAACCCAUCGACGGGCAACAGUCCAAUAAAGGUCGAACUCCAGAACAACAUGGACAGAGUUACUUUGCCUUACGGGCACACCCCAUCGAUGAUCCCCAUGAGAAGACAGAGCAUACGAUGCCACUUUGGCAAAGGAAUGGUCUGGUGCAGCUGGAAACAAAUCGCCAUUGUGGUAACCAUGGUCUCGCUCUGCUUGGGCGCAGCCCUCAUUUACGUCGCCGCCUCAAAUAUAAUGAACUGGUCGUAUCAACGAACCAAGGCGUGCACAGUGCUAGUAGGCGAGAAUGCGGACGCGAAAUUGGCAGGAUCCGAGGCGAACAAAACGUCGACGUCGUUGACGUCGGGCUCCUCCUCGUCGGGUGGCAGGACGCGUCAGCAAUCGUCUUCAGGAGGUAGGAAACGUACUGAUGAGGAGUUAGACAACGUAUUUUUGCGCAAACGUAGAGACACUGUUAACCAGCAUGCCCAAGUGUUGCACCAAACAAAAAUGACUAGUUAUAAUCCGAGUGACGUCACGGAGAAGAUCGUCAGUAUUGAUGAUGCGUCUGAAAGCCCCGGCGACGAUAAUCCGCAUGACAAGGUUCUUAAGGUUGGUUUGCAUGUCGUGGAUCCUGUUGAUUAUUCGCAAGCGAAAAUCAAUGCUCCUGGAAUCUUUAGCAUCGGUGAUAACAAUGAACUGGAAACUGAACAACUAACUCGGGAACAUUCGCCUACGUUCUUACCUGAAUCUCCCUCGUCUUUUUCUUCUCAUUUUCCUUCAUCUUCUUCUGCGACUUCCUCAUUUCCUUUUUCUUCGUCUUCUUCGUCUUCUUCUCUGCCCUCGACUCAACUUUCCUUCUCAAGUUCCAUGGGCUCAUCGACCCCACUGAAUCAGGAGGAAACUCACUCGACCACGCCGUCGCGAGUCCUCGUUGAUCUCGAAACGUCAACGAAGGAAGGGACGACGUUACUGACGAUGGAAGACAACGGCGUAAAGUCAUUUUCUAGUAAUCCUGAUCCCAUCGAUGAAUUUGCUCCCGUGGAUAUUGCGACAAAAACGAAAGGCAAUCUCGAUGAGAUUCGAACUGAUAAAGACUCGAACGAGGACUCGUUGGAAUUGCUGCCGGAAAUGUAUCUCAGAGACGCCGAAAUUCCAAGGGCUGAAGAACUUGGAUGGAGCGACGAAAAUAUCUCGACUGGUGAGCAUAAUUCGGUAACCUCGUCGUCAUCAGAGCCUUCUCAGGCAGAUGAAGUUUCCUCGAUGACCAAUGAGGAGGCAGCCUCGAGUGCAGAACCGAACACGUCCGAGCAAACUACGAGUUCCAAAAAAUCUUCUGAUCCUGACGUCCAAAUGGAGAAUUCAACAUCAAACAUUUUGAAAAUAGUUCGAGAGCUCUCGAACGAGGACCAAUCGAUGGAAGUAGCGAACGCGGACGCUCCUCCGGUCUUGGAGACGAGCGCGAAGUCGGCAGAAAAGCCUCAAGGAGAUUAUCCACUGUUGUACAACUACGAGGAGGUAGAAAUAGUUAAAUUGAAUCACGAAAAGUCGAUGACCGGUUCUAAAUCGAUUUAUAACAGUGUCGACCUUGAUACGUUGCCAAGGUCAACGGGAAUGAACAACGAAGUGAGAGCGGUAGAAUUCGAAGCGGAAACGAUGGAGGAGAACUUGGAGGAGAGGUCGAAGGAGGACCUCCGGGUGAUCAUGAGAGAAGGAACGGACGAGGAAUUCCUCCGAGAAUUCGAGCGACGUUUCAGCCACAAGAGCAGGCAAUUCCUUUCAUCGUCAUCAACAACAUCCCCGUCAUCAUUUUCUCCAGAAAUCGAUGGGAAAGCGUCGUUGCAUGAAGGUCACGCCCCGGGUUCUCCCAAUAAUGCAGAGUCUAACAGUGCGAGCUUAACGAACGUCCAAAUGAUAGAAAUCCCGAUGGUCCCCGAGGCCAAAGGUCGAAACGAGGCUGCGAUCCGUCACGAUUCUCGUAGAGUUCUCGUAAACGUGACGAUUUCGACGGAAGACUCGUCCUCGUCGACGGGAACUCGAGCACUUUACGUCCUCUCGGUAUCGGUGCCCGGUGGCAACGGUUCACCUUCGAAUGACCUUUCACCUCACGUCAGCGUCGAGCCUGCUCCCAAGCUCCAAGACAUACCCGAGCCCGACAAGGUUAAUUUGACUUUGGGAACGUCCUCCCGAGCCAUGCCGUAUAAAAUAUUGGAGGCACCCUUGCCACCGCCUCCCCAGCCGCCCGCAUCACCGCCGCCCCCUUUAUGGGGCGGCGGCGAAUGCGAGUGCUCGUGCCCAUGCAUGGAAUCGUCCUCCGACGAAUGGGACAGCUUCUCGACUAACCAACGAGCCCCUAACGUCCUUGAAAUUCUCGACAACGAGUUUCACCUCUCUCAGGACCUUAAUGAAAUUUCUUCUCAAAAAGAUACAACCAUUUUCGAGAACCCGAAUUUCGAGCAUCGCCAGGAUUUAUCCACCACUCCUGACCAAGGUUUGUCCGAUUUUUUUACGAGCACCGAAAUUUCCGAGGGUUUUAACGACACGAACGUGGAUACGAGGAACCCAACGCCAACCGUUUAUGUCGACGCAACCACCAGCGAGAACGAGACUGUCUGGUGCUCGAACACUACCCCACUUCCCCCUGAGCCCACUAUACUUAUUCUCGAAGGCGCAAGAACGUUUCCUGCGAGAUCUUUCCCACCGGAUGGCACAACCUUUGCUCAAGUCGGUCUCGGCCAAAGGUUGAGCAAGGAAAUUCCUCCCUACAGUUAUUGGAACAUGCAGUUCUAUCAAUCCGAGCCUGCAUACGUACGUUUCGAUUACAAUAUUCCACGUGGUGCGAGUAUCGGUGUCUACGCGAGAAGAAACGCUCUACCGACUCACACGCAAUACGAUCUUCUCGAAGUCCUCAGCGGAUUCAAGGCUCGAACAACCAGGGCGUCCCAUCCGUCAAUAAAAAAGGAAGUGACGCAUUACAUGGAGCCAGGCCACUGGUUUUUGUCGCUGUACAAUGACGACGGUGAUCCCCAGGAGGUCGCGUUCAUCGCCGUCAUCGCUGAAGACAUGACGCACAACUGUCCGAACGGUUGCAGCGGCAAAGGCGAAUGUUUGCUUGGCCAUUGUCAGUGUAACCCGGGUUUCGGCGGGGAGGAUUGCAGCGAGAGCGUUUGUCCAGUGCUCUGUAGCCAACGCGGCGAAUACAUCAACGGCGAAUGCCAGUGUAACCCAGGAUGGAAGGGUAAAGAAUGCUCGUUGCGUCACGACGAAUGCGAAGUCCCUGAUUGCAACGGUCACGGUCAUUGCACCAAUGGAAAAUGCAAUUGUGUCCGUGGCUACAAAGGAAAAUUCUGCGAGGAAGCCGACUGUCCUCAUCCGACUUGCUCCGGCCAUGGUUUUUGUGCCGAAGGUACCUGCAUAUGUAAAAAGGGCUGGAAGGGCGCUGACUGCAGCACAAUGGACAAGGAGGCCCUCCAAUGCUUGCCUGACUGCAGUGGACACGGAAAUUUUGAUCUCGAGUCACAAACUUGCCACUGUGAACCCAUGUGGUCCGGGGAUGAUUGCUCCAAGGAGCUUUGUGAUUUGGAUUGCGGUCCUCACGGUCAUUGCGUCGAUAACGCCUGCGAUUGUUUGCCCGGUUGGUCCGGCGACCUCUGCAACUUGAAACAGUGCGAUCCGCGUUGCAACGAGCAUGGCCAAUGUAAAAAUGGUACGUGCUUGUGCGUGAGUGGCUGGAACGGACGUCACUGCACGAUGGAGGGUUGCCCGAAUUCUUGCUCCGGGCAUGGACAAUGCAAAGGUAACGCGGACGAACAGUGGGAAUGUCGAUGCUACGAUGGCUGGGAUGGAAAGGACUGCAGCGUUCUUCUCGAGCAGAACUGCAACGACGGAAGGGACAAUGACAAAGACGGUCUCGUGGACUGUGCGGAUCCGGAGUGUUGCGCUAAUCACGCCUGUCGGAGCAGCCAACUUUGCGUCUCCGCACCGAAACCGAUUGACAUUUUAUUGCGAAAACAACCACCAGCGAUAACGGCCUCGUUUUUCGAGAGAAUGAAAUUUUUGAUUGACGAAGGUAGUCUCCAAAAUUACGCUCGCCAAGAGACUUUCAACGAGAGUGUGUUCUGGAAUCACUUCAACACAAGUCGUUCGGCCGUUGUUCGUGGACGCGUGGUGACGUCAUUGGGUACCGGUCUGAUGGGCGUAAGGGUCAGUACGAGUACGCCUCUCGAGGGAUUCACCCUGACGAGAGACGACGGCUGGUUCGAUCUCCUCGUUAAUGGCGGCGGAGCGGUCACCUUGCAAUUUGGCAGAUCGCCUUUCAAGCCCCAGAGCCAUAUCGUGUUCGUGCCUUGGAACGAGGUUGUAAUAAUCGACAGAAUAGUUAUGAGCACGGUGGACGAAAAAGCGCCAAUUCACAUACCGCACGCGUGUGCAGCGCACGACUACGAUUUGAUGAAGCCGGUCGUGUUGGCAACAUGGAAGCACGGUUUCCAAGGUGCUUGUCCUGACAAAAGUGCGAUUCUCGCGGAGUCGCAAGUUAUACAGGAGAGUUUACAGAUACCGGGAACCGGUUUGAACUUGGUUUAUCACAGCUCACGAGCAGCCGGCUAUUUAUCAACGAUACAAUUGCAAUUGACACCUGAGACGAUACCACCAACGUUGAACCUUAUCCACUUGAGGAUAACGAUCGAGGGGAUACUCUUCGAGAAAACUUUUGAGGCAGAUCCGGUGAUCAAAUUCACUUACGCUUGGAAUCGUUUGAACGUCUAUCGCCAGCGAGUUUAUGGGGUAACCACAGCAAUGGUGAAGGUUGGUUACGAGUACAGCGAUUGCAAGGACGUAAUCUGGGACGUCCAGACGACCAAGCUGAGCGGCCAUGACAUGUCGAUAUCCGAAGUUGGUGGUUGGAAUCUUGACAUUCAUCAUCGUUACAAUUUCCACGAAGGCAUAUUGCAAAAAGGUGACGGUUCGAAUAUCUACCUCAAGCACAAACCACGCGUCAUUCUGACCACCAUGGGGGAUGGGCACCAGCGACCUCUCGACUGUUUCGACUGCGACGGGCAAGCUUCCAAACAGAGAUUAUUGGCGCCAGUCGCACUCGCCACAUCCGCUGAUGGGUCCAUCUUCGUUGGGGACUUCAACCUCGUGAGGAAAAUCCUUGUCGACGGGACCGUCAAAACGGUCGUUCGUCUCAAUGCGACCAGAGUCUCGUACCGGUAUCACAUCGCCCUGAGCCCCCUGGACGGUGUCCUGUACAUUUCGGACCCGGAAUCGCAUCAGAUCAUUCGCGUCCGCGACACGAACGAUUAUUCGGACCCGGAGCACAAUUGGGAAACGAUAGUAGGCUCGGGUGAACGUUGUUUGCCCGGAGACGAGGCCCACUGUGGCGACGGCGCAUUGGCUCGCGACGCCAAGUUGGCGUAUCCGAAAGGCGUCGCUGUUUCGGCCGACAACGUGCUCUACUUUGCGGACGGCACUAAUAUCCGUAUGGUUGAUCGUGACGGGAUAAUAACUACGGUGAUCGGUAACCACAUGCACAAGUCCCACUGGAAGCCAAUUCCUUGUGAAGGGACUCUCAAUGUCGAGGAGGUUCAUUUACGCUGGCCGACAGAGCUGGCGAUAAAUCCCCUCGACAAUUCUCUUCACAUGAUCGACGACCACAUGGUACUCCAGCUGGCACCGGACGGCCGCGUCAAAGUGGUAGCCGGACGUCCCCUGCACUGUGCGAGUCCCUCCUCGACCUUCGACACGGAAUUGGCGACGCACGCGACGUUAGUAAUGCCCCAGAGCAUCGCGUUCGGACCAUCGGGCAACCUCUACAUCGCUGAGAGCGAUUCCCAAAGGAUAAAUCGAGUUCGGGUGAUCGGUACGGACGGAAAAAUCUCUCCGUACGCCGGCGCCGAAUCCAAGUGCAAUUGUCUGGAACGUGGCUGCGACUGUUUCGAUGCCGAUCAUUAUCUGGCCUCGACUUCAAAGUUCAAUACGAUCUCAGCCGUCGCCGUAUCGCCCGACGGCGUCGUUCACAUCGGCGACCAGGCCAAUUACCGCAUCAGAUCGGUAAUGGCGAGUAUACCGGAUGCGAGUGGCGCCAGAGAGUACGAAAUUUACUCGCCCGACACUCAGGAAAUCUACGUGUUCAAUCGAUUCGGCCAGCACAUCGCUACCAAAAACAUUCUUACGGGCGACACCUUCUACCUGUUCACGUACAACGUCAACACCAGCAACGGCAAGCUGUCGACGGUCACCGAUGCCGCAGGCAACAAAGUAUUUUUGUUGAGGGACUACAGCAGCCAAGUAAACUCGAUCGAAAACACCAAGGGACAAAAGUGCCGAUUGCGCAUGUCCCGUAUGAAGAUGUUGCACGAACUGAGCACCCCGGACAAUUACAACGUGACCUUCGAUUACCACGGACCAACUGGGCUAUUGAAAACCAAAUUGGACAGCACGGGACGCAGUUACGUCUACAACUACGACGAGUUCGGUAGAUUGACCAGUGCAGUUACACCCACUGGCAAAGUCAUAAGCCUGACUUUCGACCUUAGCCUGAAAGGAGCCACCGUGAAGGUCGGUCAAAACAACAGAAAACCCGUUUCCAUGUUGAUCAAGGGUUCCUCGGUCGUCACGAAGAUCGGCGAUGCUGAACAACGGACUACGGUUAUGGGUGACGGUUCUGUGGGCCGCGUGACACCCUGGGCUCAUACGGUUAGUACGGACACGAUGCCGUACGCCAUCCUGGCCGAGAUCGAGCCACUGCUGGGCGAAAGUUAUCCCGUCCCAGCUAAGCAACGGACGGAGAUCGCCGGCGAUCUCGCAAACCGAUUUGAGUGGAGAUAUUUCCUGCGGAAGGUUCAAGGCAACAAAAACCGUGGCAACGCCAAAGCGAUAGCUCAAGUCGGCAGGAAACUCCGGGUCAACGGUGACGUUUUGCUGUCGUUAGAAUACGACCGUGAAACCAACACGGUCGCUGUCUUCAUCGAUGAUCGAGUGGAACUUCUGAACGUGACCUAUGACAGGAACGCCCGACCCGUCAAGUGGGGACCGCGGGAUGGAAUCUUCGCCGGAGUUGAACUCGAGUACGAUCGGUUUAGCAGACUGACCAGCUGGACCUGGGGUGACAUUAGCGAAACUUACGGCUUCGACCGAGCUGGAAGAUUGUAUGAGAUCAAGUACAGCGACGGAACGUCAAUGAUCUAUGCCUUCAAGGACAUGUUCAGUAGUCUUCCCCUCAAAGUCACUACUCCACGCGGCAGCGAUUAUCUCCUGCAGUACGACGAAGCCGGAGCUCUCCAAUCGUUGACAACGCCGAGGGGCCACAUUCACGCCUUCUCUCUCCAAACUUCUCUCGGUUUCUACAAGUACCAAUAUUACUCCCCGAUGAAUCGUCAUCCGUACGAAAUCCUUUACAACGACGACGGGCAAAUCCUUGCCAAGGUUUAUCCUCACCAAAGCGGCAAAGUUGCCUACGUUUACGAUCACACCGGCAAACUGGAAACGACGUUGGCCGGACUUUCCUCGAUCCAUUACACCUACCAAGAGACUACUAGCCUCGUGCGCAGCAUCGACAUCAAUGAGCCUAAUUUCGAGAUGAGAAUCGAGUACAAAUAUCACGCUGGCAUCGUCAAGGACGAGAAGAUCAAAUUCGGCAGCAAGAGCGGAAUGGCAAACGCCCACUAUCGUUACCAGUACGACGGUAACGCUCGCAUAUCCGGCAUCGAAGUUGACAUCAAUGGGAAACAACUGCCGCAAUUGCGAUUGAAGUACAAUCAGAAUUUGGGAGUGUUGGAGGGCGUCGGUGACCUGAGAAUUUAUCGUAACACUUUCAACCGGUCGGUCAUGCAGGACAGCAGUAAACAAUUCUUCACCGUCACCGAUUACGACGAGCACGGCCGCGUCAAAACUGUUCUGACCAAUAUCCGAUCCGUCGACGUUUUCCGCAUGGAACUCGAGUACGACAAUAGAAAUCGCAUAAAAAUGCGCAAAUUAACGAUCGGCAAAGAACCCAUGGAGAAGAAAGAGUGGUCCAGAAUGGACAAAAUCACUUACAAUGCCGACGGGCACGUUCUCGAAGUUGCCGACACCGAUAACAAUUGGCAGUACGCCUACGAUGAGAAUGGCAACGUCAUCGGUGUGACCGAACACACUGAAAAAAUAACUCUUGGCUACGACAGCGGUGAUCGGGUCGUUCAGUACGGCGACGUCGAAUUCAACUCCUACGAUGGCAGAGGAUUCGUUGUUAUUCGUGGUGAACACAAAUACAGGUACAACUCACGUGGCCAACUGAUCCACGCAUCCGAACACAAGAAAUUCCAGAUCUGGUACUUUUACGACGACCGUGGACGCCUGGUAUCCUGGAACGACGACAGGGAAAAUAUAACACAAUUCUUUUACGCCAAUCCAAGAACGCCGGAUCUGAUAACUCACGUGCACUUCCCGAAAUCAUCGAAAACGUUCCGGUUCCUGUACGACUCGAGGGACUACCUGAUGACAGUGGAAACGUCGGAACAGCGUUUCUACGUGGCGACCGACCAGAACGGCUCACCGUUGGCACUCUUCGACACGAAUGGCAACCUCGUGAAAGAGAUGCGCCGUACGCCCUUCGGAAAAAUAAUCAAAGACACCAAUCCUGAUUUCUACUUGCCGAUCGACUUCCACGGUGGUCUUUUCGAUCCUAACACCAAGCUCGUUUACUUGAACAAACGCCUGUACGAUCCUACGGUUGGCCAAUGGAUGACGCCGGCCUGGGAGCAAAUGGCGAACGAAUUGACGACGCCUACGGACAUAUUUAUAUAUCGUUUCCGCAAUAACGAUCCAAUAAAUAUCCGACAGAACGUUGAAUACAUGACCGAUUUGACGAGCUGGUUGAAGCUCUACGGCUACGACAUCGACUCGAUGUUGGGUUCCGAAUACACGAAGCGGAUGGUUUAUCAACCGAGCGCGACGAUAACCUCGCCGCAGUUGACACCGGACUUUGGAGUCAUGUCAGGCUUGCAGUGCAUCGUUGAUCGAGUACACGAGAAAUUCUCAGAUCUUGGUUUCGUGCCUAAGCCUCUGUUAAAAUUGGAGCCGAAAACGCGUAAUUUGUUGCCGAGAGUGGCCCACAGACGGGCAGUUUUCGGCGAGGGUAUAUUAGUUUCGAGGGUCGGAGGUCGUGCUCUGGUGAGCGUUGUCGAUGGGGUCAACAACGUAGUCCAAGACGUCGUAACUUCUGUCUUCAACAAUUCGUACUUCUUGCCUCUCCACUUCAGCGUACACGAUCAGGACGUAUUUUACUUCGUGAAGGACAAUGCCCUCAAAAUACGCGAUGAUAUGGACGAGCUUCGUCGUCUGGGCAGCAUGUUCAACGUUUCGACCCACGAGACGACCGAGCAUGGCGCUGGCACGUGGAAAGAAUUGAGGCUUCAUAAUCCCGAUGCCGCUGUAGUUAUAAAAUACGGGGCUGAUCCGGAGCAGGAGCGACAUCGAAUCCUGAAACACGCUCACAAGAGGGCGGUCGAACGAGCCUGGGAGAUUGAGAAGCAAUUGGUAAUGGCGGGUUUCCAGGGUCGCGGUGAUUGGUCGAAAGAGGAAAAAGACGAGUUGAUCGCUCGCGGUACCGUCGUCGGUUACGAGGGUGUCGACAUCCACAGCGUACACAGGUAUCCACAAUUAGCGGAUGAUCCCGGCAACGUCGCGUUCACGCGGGACACUAAACGCAAGAGACGUAAAUCGGGUAAUCGACGCAACAGAAUACACAGGCACGAUUCGUGAUGCGACCGUUGCCACGGAUCAUCUGCAACGACCGUCGUCUCGACCAAGUCCAAAGUCGUCGAUACAACUCGACGAGACAACAACAACGACAACGACGACGACGACGACAACGAUGACGAGUACACGUCACGUACAAUCGCGCCGACGAGAGAGACGAGUGUGCAGAGAGUGGCCGAUACGACGACUGUGGCGCUGACUACCCUGGCGCCAUCGACGGUGGCGUCCUUAACUAGCAGCGUUCAAACGACCGCGAAAAAUCAAUACGUUGAUGGGAAAAACGUUUCUUCUUGAAAUGUUUUUUUCCCCAUAACGAACAAUGCAACUUUUGAGAUUCCACCUCUCGAGUAGAGCUCAAUCUCAAUUUAUGUUUUCGUUUUGUAUCCACGAGUGCCCUCGUUUCGUCGUCGAAUCGAUCGCCUAAUCAUUUUCUGUAUUAUAGACCUUAUUUUUGUCCGCUCCGUUUCUCUCUUCUGUUGUUUAUUUUAUUAGUCUCUUUCUUAAUAUUUUUGUUAUUUCUUUUGACUCUAUAAGACUCUUUCUCUCUUUCAACUUCUGCAAGUGCUUUGUUGUACGUGACCAGAGUCUCGUUGUUUAAUACGGCAGUGAUGAUCGGUGUAAUUAUCGGACGAGUGAUCCGUGAAGUGUCAAAAUUAUAAGCUAGUCGCGAUAUAUAUUUACAAUACGAAAAGUAUAAAGCUUGUUACAAGGUGAUUAUUUUAUAGAUGACGAAUUAUGAACUCUCGGGUCUAAUUACGCGGAGAUUUCAGAUAUGUAAUUAAUGAACAAUACAUGUGAGAAUAAAUGUCGAGGAUGUCGAGUGUGUCCUUUGUAUGUCUGGGUUGCGCUGAGCGUAGAGACUGAACGAGAAAAGAGGACGAUGAAUUGUUUUUUUUUUUUGUUUUUUUUUUCCAACGAUCUCACCACGAAGUAGUUGGGGGGAAAAAAAAUGUAAGAAUCGCCUGCAAAAAUGCAUUGAGUGCUCGGUGAUAUUUGACGCAUCAACAGGGUCUAAGGACGCGUGUACGUAAAUUUAAAAAAACUGCGAAUAGGCAGGUGGGGGGGGGAGAGACGAGCGAAGGGUUGGAAAAAUAUACAGGCGAUCAUUCGCAGCGAGCGAUUCCGUCUGUGUUUACAUGACGCCCACAUUGCUGUUUUGCUUUUCUUAUUCUUUUUUUUCUCUCCGAAAUCCACGCAAACGCGUGUACGUCCAACGUAACUGAUAGUGAAAAAAAGAGGUGGGAGAAGCUGAGAAAAAUUGCAAAAGAGCGUCGUCUCGCGCAUUCUUUUCGAAAUGAGGAAUGAGGAAAAAAAUAAAAUAAUAAACAAACGAGAAAUUAAAUUAAGAAUGUGGGGUGCGCGGUGAUGAGCUGCGAAUAGAAGCAAAUAUACACACACACACACACACACACAAAAAGGAAUAUUUUUAACAUAACUCAAUGAAUCGAGGGAGAAUCUCGAUUUUUUUUGUAAAUAUCAACUUAAUCUAUACAUAUAUAUAAAUUAAAACGGUCAUAAUUGUAGAUAAUAUUGUAACACGAAAUAUCGAUGAGGUGGAAAAACAAAAUAUAUAUAUAAAUAUCCGACAGGGAUGCAUGAACAUCACUCGACGAUAUCGCUUUUUUAUAUGUAUACACCAUUUACCAGCGCCAUGCUCGGACACAUAAACGGUAAUGAACGUAAUUACAGCGAGUUAUUAGAGAAUCAAAUAAAAUGAACAAAAAUUACAACAGCAAAUGCAAAAUUCAUGUACACCGGAGAAUAAACUGGAUGAAUGAAUGGAACGAGAAACUAUAAUUGUAGCAUCCAAUGAUACAUGUACUUGAGCUGCACGCACAUGUAUGUGUAUAUACGAGUAUACAUGAACGAGUGCGCAGUUUGGAUAAGAAAAAAAAAUGUCGAAAUUGCCACGAAGACCGGAUAAUUCAAGAAAAUUGUGAAACUAAGAUUGUUUUUUUUUUCUUUCAAAUACUCUUGAAAAACGCUGGAACUGAUGAAAAUUUCACAAUUUCUCAUUCAAAUUUCACGAGGCUCUCUUCGGAGAAUUUUGCAAUUUUUUUUUCUUUUUCACUGCGUGUACGAGACAAAUCGUUGUUUGCGAAGUCUAUAGCGCGCGCGCGCGCGCGCGAAUGAAAUGUUGCACAAGCAAUGAUAUAUAUACGUAUAUAUAAAUAAAAUAAAAUAAGCCCCGAUGAAGAAAAAAAAGGAAAAAAAAAUAAACAACAACAAAUCUUGCAACUCGAGAAAUCGAUGCAGGAUUAUCGUUCAUUCGUGGUCGAUUAGUUCAUAAGUCGCGAAAGAAAAACAACUUUUCUCUCGUUAUGUCAUAGACACUUGUAAAUAUUAGCAAUAACGAUAAUAAUAAAAAGUUCAUUUAGAUAAUGAAAGAAAAGAACAAAAAAGAAAAACUGUGUCGUAUCUAAUGCGAGAAGUUUGAUGGAGUAGCAUCGAAGACGAAGGAGAACAACGAUGAUGCAAUGGAUGUUGCAAAAUUUGUUGGGAAAGCUCGGAUGAUGGGGAGCUGAGGAGAGCUGAGAAAUUCGUGUAUUCAAUUAUGAUCGCGGCCCCGAUCGUUAGCAAACAAAUUCAAAAAACAACACACCAAAAAUAUCCGAAAGGAUUAAUGACGAAAUUAAUAAGAGAAAAAAAGAGAGAGAGAGAGAGAGAGAGAGAUGGAAAAAAAUGAGGAAAAUUAAUGAUAAAAUUAAUAACGACAGUAAUAAAAAUAUUGAUAAUGAUAUUAAUAAUCAUAAUAAUAAUAGUAAUAUGCCCCGCCUAUCUUUCUACUGAAGAAAAAAAAAACAAUGAGAGGAGAAAAAAGAAGCAAAUUAUUUUUUAAAUUGUGUCGUCAAAAGAAAAAACGUAAGCCCAACGUCCCCAUUUCCCUUCCCCCAAUCCCUGGUCCCAAACUUUCCCGACUGUUACCCAAUAAUGGAGUAAAUCGUAAAGAAAAAAAAAAAAAAAAAAAAA